UCGAAAGAGCUGCCGCCCGGGGGAGUGGGAGCUGCGCUCAGCGGAUUAUUGAGUGGAGUUGGAUUCCGGACAGGGACAAGGGGGUGUUCGGCAGGAGCUCGGCUCUAUCUCUCUCGCUCUCUUUCUCUGUGAGCGUGCAGCAAUGAUUGGCCUGAAGACGCUGUGUGUGCUGCUCUGUGUGCUGGGAGCUGAUGGCAGGGUCUAUACGGGCAGGAAGCGAGGAGUUCAGAAACACUACAGCACCGCCAUGCAGAGAUAUCGCCAAGGCCCUCACAUGUGCCUAUCACGGUACGGGAAUGGGUGCUGCCUGGGGUGGAACCCAACACGGGGCAGCGGGCUCUGUGUAAUACCUGUUUGCUCCUUUGGAUGUGGUAAUGGUUAUUGCAUUGCACCCAACCUCUGUUUUUGCCGAGGAAGGCAAGAAGGAAACUCCUGCACAGAUGAUGGAAGGUCCGGUCACCUUCUAAGUGAUAGUUUAUUAAACCACUCGGACAUUGAUGGAAACCCCCCGUCGUGCCUGAACAUGCAGUGUGACCAAAGCUGUGCUCUGAUUGGAGGGAUGCCUGUUUGUAGCUGCUAUGGUGGUUACUCUCUGGGGAAGGAUGGGAAGACUUGCUUUGAUGUGGAUGAAUGUUCCCAAUAUGGGGGCCAAAGUCUUUGUCAGCAAAUCUGCAAGAACAACAUUGGCAGCUACAGAUGCCUCUGUUUUCAAGGAUACCAGCUCUCGGCCAAUGGGCGCACCUGCAUUACUUCAAAAUAUUUAGGCUUAACUGGACUUCCUGGCCAUUGCGGAGAAUAUGGCUGUGAUGUGAGCUGUAACCAUGGCGGUUGUGAGGAGAUCUCACGUGUAUGUCCCAUUGGCUUCGCCAUGAUUGAGACCAGCAAUGGCGUCAGCUGCAAAGACCUUGAUGAAUGUGCAGGGAACAGAUCUCCUUGCCAACAGAGGUGUCAGAAUGUGGUGGGCAGCUUUCAGUGUUCCUGUCGCCCAGGCUUCUAUCUCCAGAACAAUGGUCAUUCAUGUACAGAUAUAAACGAGUGCCGAUGGAUCGGGGAGAGCUGGGUUUGCCACCAUUCUUGCCACAACACCUUUGGCAGCUACCUCUGUUCCUGCCGCGCUGGUUUCCGACUCCUGAGUGAUAGGAAGACCUGUGAAGAUUGGGAUGAAUGCUCAAACAGCAGUCGGAGGAUAUGUCAGCAAAGGUGCACCAACACAAUUGGAAGCUUCUUUUGUUCCUGUGACAAUGGAUAUUCACUUGGUGCUGAUAAUUUAUCCUGUGUAGAUAUAGAUGAGUGUGAAAAACAUGGACACACACUUUGUGAGCACCAGUGCAUGAAUACUGUAGGUAGUUUCAAAUGCAUGUGUCCCCUUGGCUAUGAGUUGCUCUCCGAUGGACAGAGGUGUGGAGAUGUGAAUGAGUGUGAGAAGAGCAACUGCUCCCACCAUUGUGUGAAUACACUGGGCAGCUUCCAAUGCCUCUGUCCGCGUGGAUACACUCAACACAUUAAUGGGCGCAACUGUCAAGAUAACAAUGAAUGUGGUACUUCUGGGGAUCGCCACUGUGCUCAUAACUGUGUCAACACAGCAGGAAGCUACUACUGCACCUGUCAUCCAGGAUAUCGGCUCCACUUUGACAGACAUACCUGUAUCCCUGACAGUGGUUGCCAGUCUUGCCAAGGUGAAUGCUCCCCUGGAUUUAGCCUCCUGCCCAAUGGCGUUGACUGUACAGAUAUUGACGAGUGCCUGUCCAAUCCGUGCUCUCAUCAUUGUGUUAACACUGAGGGAAGCUUUUACUGCGCGUGCCCUGAAGGGUUUCACUUAAAUGUAAAUGACACCUGCACGGAAAACGUGCCCGAUUCAGCUCCUGUCAUGGAAUCUCUGAAGCACCCUCUACCAGCUGCAAUCUUUGCCACGCCCUGGAAGCCACCAACAUCCUGUUGGCACAAUGGGACCUUAUACCAGGACGGUGCCACUUGGAUGGUGUCUGAGUGUGUGGAGUGUAGUUGCCAGCUGGGAAAAGUCUCAUGUACCACAUGCCCCACACUGCCUUGUCACAAGGUAGAGCUGGUGCCAGGGCUUUGCUGCCCAGCUUGCAAGUCCUGCCUUUACAAUGGGAGCAUCCAUACUCAUAACAGCUCAUGGGUUCCAGUGUCCCAACCUUGUUUGACAUGCUCCUGUCAGGAAGGGGAAGUGCUAUGUCAACCUAUUAUCUGUGAAUCGUCUUGUAGCCAUCAGGUCCGGGAGGAAGGGCAAUGCUGUGGAACAUGUGAUAAGUGUCUCUAUGAAGGCAUUGUUGUGAACCAUGAAGAUGUAUUCUCUCCCUCCAAUGACAAUUGUACCCUUUGUGUCUGUAUUUCUGGGAAUGUGAAGUGCAUCACCCCUGAAUGCCCUCCAGUCACAUGUGAGAUACCCAUUCUUCUGGAUUGUUGUCCUAUUUGCCCAGCUGAGUGUACUGACCAGGACACAGUAUAUCCCCAUGGCACAGAAUUCACAAGACCUGGUGCUGACUGCAUCAUUUGUGUAUGCUUGAAUGGUGAAGUGGAGUGUUCCUACAGCCCCUGCCCAGUGCUGGACUGUGUCAGGGAAAAUUGGUUUCUGGAGCCUGGCCAAUGCUGUUUUACCUGUCGUCAGGAUAAAAGCAUCAAAGGCUGUUUUAUAGAUGACAAUGGCAUUGAAUUUCCAGUCGGGCAAAUAUGGUCUCCUGGCGAUCCUUGUGAAGUGUGUAUGUGUCAGGAAGAUGGUUCAAUUGUUUGUAAGAGGACAGAGUGCUUGGAGACCUGCGCACACCCUAUUUUGGUUCCUGGCCAGUGUUGCCCAGAUUGUUCUGCAGGUUGUAGCUAUGGUGGGGUGACCUAUCAGAAUAAUGAGAGCUUCCCAUCAACAUCAGAUUCUUGCCUCACCUGCAUCUGUCUGUCAGGCUCUGCUGCUUGCUCCCCUAUGGAGUGCAAAGCUCGUUGCACUUAUCCUUUCCAUUCUGAGGAUUGCAACUACGAAGGGAGGAAAGUCACCAAUGGCCAGUCAUUUCAGCCUGAAAAUAGACCCUGCUACCAAUGUAAAUGCCAAUUUGGAGAAGUAAGCUGUGACAUUUUGACAUGUGAGCCACCUUCCUGUGAGCGCCCCUAUACUGUUCCUGGUGAAUGCUGUUCGACUUGCUCAGUGUGUCUGUAUGAUGGCCAGGUUCUGGAAGAUGGAGGAUAUUAUAUCUCAGCCACUGACCCCUGUGUUGUCUGUCUCUGUAUGGAAGGCAAUGUAGAGUGUGACUGGAAGGGAGAUAGUUGUACAGAGCUGGAGUGUGAAGAGCCUUUACUUCAUAUCCCUGGCACCUGCUGUCCCAUGUGCCCUGACUUAUCGCCUGAGAGGUCAGUGUUGUACCCUCCUAUCAGUGGCAACAUGAUCCCUGAGAAACCGGCACCAACACAGCUCUCUCGAGGACCUUGGAGAGCAACACUUCGACCUCACCCCUCUGGCUCGGUAGGGAGGUUAUUAUCUGUUUCUCCUUCAACCAGUCCCACAACCAGGCAGCGCUCCCUGCGUCGCAUGUUGCCUUGGAGUGUGAGGAGCAAGUUAGCACAGGGAUUCACUGCUUCACCUGAGAGGCGAAGGAUUGCAACAACAGAACAACCAAGGGUUGAACAUGCCAUGAAAAUGGACAGGAGCACAAGCAGUACGUCUCAAGGGCACUCUGUGACACAAGCUGAGCUCCCUUCCCCAGCAAUAGCUGAAACCAUUUCACCAAAUGCUGCCGGUUUUCAAAGUGAGAUUUUCCAGGAAACCUUAAGUUGUUUAUUUAAUGGCACAAACUACACCGAUGGUUCUCAGUUCAUUCAUCACGACAAGCCCUGCCUUCAAUGUCAAUGCUCAGAAGGGACGGUUAUGUGCAAGUCACAGAAGGAGCAAUGCCAGGCCCUGCCAUGCAGUUUAAUGCAGCAGGAGACACCAGUGGGCCAGUGCUGCCCGGUGUGUGUUGAUUCACUGUGUGUAUACCGGGACCAAGUGCAUGAGGCUCAGUCCCAGUGGCUGGAUGGCUGUAAUCUUUGUCGUUGUGACAAUGGAACCGUGGAGUGUCAUGCCAAGCCCUGCUCUCCUCUUGUUUCGUGCCCGGCACAGUCUGUCAUGUCCCAGCCUCAUGGAGAAUGCUGCAUGAGGUGUGUCCCAAAAACAAGACCAAAGGGCGCUUCGUGCACUGUGUUUGGAGAGUUGCACUUGGUGACCUUUGACGGCCAUUUCUCUAACCUCAAUGGAACGUGUGGCUAUCUUUUAGCCCAGGAUUGUGGGUCAAAUCAUUUCAAUGUAGUUUUCCAAAGUAAAUGGAAUGACAGUCCCACUGAGCCUGAGAUAAAGGCCCUGAUUGUACAGAUUGAAAACCGAACCUUCAAGCUUUCAGGGAAGAAUCAAAUUCAAGUUAACAGCACAGAAGUAGACCUUCCUUAUUCUGAUGCAGCAGGCAUCACCAUUCAACAUUCAGGAAUCUACGUGAUUCUGAACUUGCUGGAAGGUCUUAGCAUCACCUGGUACGGGAAAGGUUUUGUAGAAAUCAAUGUCCCUGAAUCGUUACAAUUGAGAAUAUGUGGACUGUGUGGCAAUUUGAAUGGAAACUCAUCAGAUGAUUUUGUGUUACCAAGUGGAGAAGAGGCUUUGGCCCCUGUUGGUUUUGGAAACAUUCAGCCCAUCAGGGUGAACAAAGAGAGGCUGUGCAGGGCUGAAGAUAUUGAGGACCCGUGCAAUGGAACAACACUAGCUGAUAACCGUGCAGCCAAUGUGACUUGCGGCAUUAUCAUGGGUCCCCUAUUUCAGGCAGCACAUGAGAGUGUCGAUCCUCAACCCUAUUACCAGGCCUGCCUGACUGACCUGUGCGGUUGCGUGGAACAAACGUGGUGCCUGUGCAGUUUACUGUCAGCGUAUGCUUUCCGCGCCCUGAGAAAUGGGAUCAUUUUAAACUGGAGAAAUGAAACACUGUGCGGUAUAACUUGUAAUGGUGGCUCAAGUUAUACUGAGUGCAGCUGCCCUCAAACGUGCUCGACCUACCUACAACCAGAGACAGACUGCUCCACUAACUCUUGCGUGCCAGGCUGCCAGUGUCCUGCAGGUCUCUUCAUGUAUCAUUCGAAUUGUUUGCCACCUUCAUUGUGCCCAGUGAAAUCACUCUACAACCAGAGAGGGGCCUCCUACUUUCCAAGUUUGUGAUGGCUCAUAACUUUCGUCCAUUUAUACCCACAGUUUAACACAGUUUAUUUACUACAAAUCCUCCUGUUUUGAUGGUGAAGUGUUGGUGAGCCUUCACUCAAUAGAUGUGGACACUACAGCUGGCCUGGAACUGGAGGACGUACACUGGAGGCCUGUGACUUUGUGAAGCAUUUUAGGUUAGAUACUAAAACUGUGAACUACUGAUCAACAGAUUUUUGAACUGAACUUUAUUUAUUCAGAUGGUACAGCUCCCAUAUUAUUACCUCAGUAAAAUUGAGAACUACUCUGUACAGAAUUGUAUAAAUCUUCUUAUUCUUUUCAUCAGAGUCUUUCUAUGGAAUGUCUUACUUGAGUUUAUACUGUUUUUGUACAUGAAUUAAGA